GUUCCAAUUGCGCAUGGUUACGUCUUAUGACGUGUGAAUCAGUUGACAUUUACCGUGUUGUACGUUUGUAUAGCAACGCGUUUCCUGUUGUCGCUCAGUCUCGGACUCCCUUCCGGCCGUUAUGGGCUCGAGGGUGUAUGUCGAUCGAUCGAAUAAUGGACCGAGGACAAACCAAACGCGCGGCGAGAGCCGCCUGAGAGAGAUUCGGUGGACGUCGCUUGAGGUGGAGAAGUUGGAAACCGAAUUGACGAGAAGAGAAGGAGAUCUGAAGGUCGCGGCAGAGAUUGGAACGACGUUACUGGAGAAAAUGCGUAUUCUUGAGGAAGAAAACGAAAGACUUCAGAGUGAGUGUGCCAAGCACUUGGAGAGUCGCAAUCGCAGGGUCUAUGAACUAGACAGGAAACUAAGUGAAUGCGCGUUCGAAGCGGAUGAUCGGGUUCAUCAACUAAAAGCGGAAAUUGCUCAGUUGAAAUCGAUACUGGCUAAAGAACGACGCUCGCAUCUCGUUACGACGACAAAUUUGAAUCGGAGAGUGCUGACGUUGGAAGCUGAAAAUGCCCGUUUGCAUGGAAAAAUAAAUGCGCUCCAUGUAGCAGAAACAGUAAGGAGAUCAGAGAAGAGUGAGCAUGCUAGACAGUUGAAACAAGUCACAGAUCAACUGGAGACGACACAACAAACGUUAGAGUAUAUUGAGGCAGAGGCAUCAGCUAUAGCCGCUAGCAAUUUGCAACUCAAAUAUGAUGUGGAGACUGUUACUAAUGAGAGAGACCGUCUCCGAGAAGAAUUAAAAAUGAAAGAAUGUGAAAUACUUGCAGCUCAGCAGGAUAUAGAUGAAUUACGAAGUCAACUUCAAUCUAAACAGAAUGUCAUCACUCAACUGAGAGAGACAUGUGUUCAUCUGAAGGAUGAAGUCGAGGAAAAGCAAGCUCAAGACAGUGUCUCUCGAACAAGCACGUCUGAAGUGUCCCUCAUGUCGGAGCUUCAGGAGUGUCUUAUUUUGUCUCCUGUUUGCAACUUCCAAGAGGUGCUAGAAGAAAAAGACAGGUUGUCAGAGAGGUAUAGUUAUUGUAUUGAUGACAUCUGCACUGUGUUUUGCAUAUUUAGCAAGUACGUUAUAAUAUAUUACUAUGUGAGUAGAAAUUCACAACUCGACAUUGACUUGAUGUCAGUGAAAAUUGAGUUGAAGAGAGUAGAAGAGCAGCUGAUGGUUGCUGUUCAUCAGAAACUAGAGCUGACAAAGCAGUUGGAAGAAUGGCAGCUGGAUAUGGCUGAGCUUGUUGAGAAGCAAAUCUCAAGAAAGCUCUCUGAAGAAGUGAAGCCUCGUCACAUGCAUAUGAGCUAUCAAGCAAUCCAACUCACAAUAUUAAAAUGACAAUUAAGUUAACGUGCGCUAGCUUAGGGGUUGGUGUCAAUGAGAUGAUAAUUUAUUGCUUUUAUUCAUUUAUAACUGAUAACAAUAACAGUUGCAAAUUAUGCAUAGGACAUUAGCCUUUGCCAGAGAAGUAUGAUUAACGAUUGUACUUACUAUUUCAAUCAGUGCAUUAAAGGAGUUACUUCCAACAAAA